AUGACUUCGCUCUACGGCGAGGGCCUCAUCCAGCCUGAACUCAUCUACUACGACAAUAUUGUACCGACAAAUAAUGAAAUAAAUGUCCUUAAGCAACGCCUGGCUUUACUGCAAUCUUCGGACCCAUACAAUGUCGUAGAAAUGGCGAUCAAGAUUGCGGCCGAGCAAUACAAGGCUGAAGACGCGAUAAAAGCGCGCGAUGCGGCCGUUCAACGCCUGACGGAUGCAUAUAUCUCGAUAGAACAGAAGCUAGAGAUCAUUGGACGUUUGGAGAACCAGCAUCAAACCUUCGACAUGCUGAUGAAAUCUUCUUGCAAGUCACUAAAGGAGUCUGCAGGAGUAUCGUCAUCGCUAUUGGAAGCGGACAAGCUGCCAACUGAAACCGCUGAAUUGGAGGGCUUGGUGGAUGAUUUGCGGAAGGAAAUUAAGCUAUUGAAGGAAACUACUGCUGCGGUGGAAUGCGAUUCUCCCCAGGCCCUCAAUGGUUCGGCAAUGAAAUCUCAAUUCACCGCUCCUGCACUUUCCCGCACGUCUUCAGACCUCUCCGUUAUGUCUUUUGCUGCAGCCGCUUGCCCUGCCAAGACCGUACUGGAACUCCAAGAGAACGAUCUUGAUCUUACGAUUGUCAGCUCCGCUCUCUCGGAAGAAGCCGAGGACAUCAUCAACGCAAGGAACAAACUCUUGGCUGCUCUACCAGUCCCAGAGGAAGCUCCUGACGAUGCUCUCAAGCCUAUCAUUAUUCCAACACCAUACGUGAACUUGUAUGAAUUCCUUGCUUCUGUUUCCGGUCCUCUCCGCGCCUCUCUCUCUAACUAUGGCGUCUUACAUCAACUUACCACGUCUUGGUGUCCUCAACGUGAAGAACAUGGAUAUUACCUUACCCCAGUCUUCAAAUGUAACACUAACCCUCGUGUCACGACCGCGCAUCGAUGGGCUGCCACCGACGUUAUGUCGAAGAUUUGUAAACCGGCUGAAUGUUUUUACAAUAAGGACGGCGUAUGGUAUUACGCGGGCGUGUACAAAGCCUUCAGACUUAACGACCUCACUGUAAUGGAAUGGGAAGCAUUAUCUAGCGAGACAACACAAGCCAUCGUCAAAGAAACUAUCGAAGGCCGCAAGAACACCUCUGCUCAAAACAUAUACGAAGUAACCCAGCUCUACGCCGCCGGCGCUCUCAAAGUCGCUGUAAUCGCUCUCCAAUGUGUCGGGUUCAACCAGUCGAUGUAUCAUCUUCUCCUUGAACAUGCAAGCAAUUGUACUUCAAGCGCUGGGAAUGUGGGGACUACUCCUGAAACAAGGAAUAAUUCAAGUUCGACGUCGCCGUCUGUCAGUCUACAGACCUCGAUACAGUCAACGAUCACGAAGAACUUGUCAAGCGGGGCUUCUGUACUUGGAAAUGUAAACGCAAGCGCGGGCAAGAACGGAACGAACGCCAACCGUAGUCGUAAUUCGGCAUAUAGUCUAGGACUGGGCCUCGGACUAGGGACUGGAAACAUUUGGAACACGAAUCUCGGGGUCGGCCUGGCAGUUGGAAGUACUACUCGUCCUGCUGGAAAAGGUCUAGGAAAGGGCGGAGGCAAAAGCUCGAAUUCAAGUUCUAUCUCGCAGUUCAUCAAGGCGAGUCCUUCGGCCAGAAAAACUCACGGAAACACUGGAGAUGAGAAUGAUAAACCAUCUGGGAUUUUGGCUGAGAUGCAAACACAGAUAAAAAUGUAG